UCCUGUUGGCCUCAGCCCAGAAAUCAGCCUGCCCAGGUCCCUCUGUGGAGCCUUCGGGUGGAUCAACACUUUCCCCCUCUCGGUGCCACCUGCACCUCUUUACUGAAGGUACACUCAAUUCCCUCAUCCAGAUCAUCAAUAAAGAUAUUAAACAGGGCUGGCUACAAUACCAGCUCUUGGGGAACACCACUGGUGACCUGUUGGAUUUAACUCCAUUCACCACCACUCUCUGGGCUCAUUCCUCCAGUCAGUUUUCUACCCUGCAAAGAAUGUAUCUGUGCCAGGCAUGGGCUGCCAGCUUCCCCAGGAGAAUGCUGUGGAAGACAGUAUCAAAAAUUUGCUGAAGUCUGGGUAGACUAUUUGAACAGCCUUUCCCUCACCUGCCUGGUGGAAGCCCAUCCCAGUGUGAUGUGCCUGUGUUCUGGCCAUGAAGGGCAGCUGGGAAUUCAUUCCACAGCUGGAUUGUUGCCUUCUGCACCCCUCCUUCAGGGUUCAGCCCGGUUCAAAAGGACCCAACAUUCUAAGGAGAUGCUCCUAAUUAACCAUAAGGACAGCUUUGAAGUCCUAAGGCUUUGGGAUCUAUCUCUGUCUUAGAUAGGGGGCACGCUGACCAAUUCAGUGUGAAAUCUUGGCUUCACAAAAGCCUGGAGGAACUGAGGAGCAUGGUCUGGGCAUUACCAGGAUGCUGACAUCUCCCUGCCAGAGGAAAUGACAAUAGGGAUGCUUUGGAGGAGCCAUUUUUAAAAUGUCAGUCCUGAAGAAAACACUUAGGUGACAGUUUAGCUGUGUGUUCCCUUCUAAAGUUCACAAAUAAAAGUGUGAGAGAUCAGCUUGGGUUUUCUUAUCAUGUAAAAUAUGGAGAUCAAAUCUUCCAACCUCUAAGUCAGAAGGAAAACUCCUUUCCAUGACCCAGGAGGAAGAAGCUGGCUUCUGAUGUGUUUGACCACUGCAUGGCUCUGGAAAUGCAAGAAGCUGUCAAAGUCCUUCUUCCUGUUCUGCCAGGGUCAGCACCAGGGCAGCCUUGCUUUGCUGCCGCUUUUCUGGUGAAGAGCAGAACCACUUCCCUGCAUUGCCCUCCUCUGAGCCCAGGGGUGCCAGGCAGGUCUCAGCCCCAGCCUCACCCUACUCCAUCCUGCAUGGAGGUGGCCCCACUGCUACCUCUACAUGUGGCUGCUGGAGGAUUCCCAGAGCCACAGCCCUGGGACACUUGGACGUGCCUGAGGAGCCCUGCUAUGCGCAUCAGCCCUAAAAUUGCCGGUGCGCAUCCUUGCCGAGACAGCAAACCCAGUGAUUUAUCUCUUUUCUUUCCCUUGAUGCACAUUAAAACGAGUUUGCCGGCACUGCUGCUGCCUCCAGCUGAAUGCGUGUGCUUCUUGGCUCCCCGCACACUGCUCUCCACAGAUGCCGUGUGCUUUGGCAGCCAGGCCAGUCUGGGCUGCAGGAUAUUACGCCUGGCAGGGACACAAACCCCUCCAGUUCCUGGAAUUCGGAUUGUCUCGCAGAGUGCUGAUUAAGCAGCACUUUCUCUCUGCGCUCAGGGCAAACCCCCUGUUGUCCCCAAGCAGGGCUGCUUGCAGUUCAGCUCCUGCACAACAGCAGGAGUACAGCAGGUCCACCUUCCCAGGCCAUUGCACCAAUGCACAUCAAAUCAGGGAAACAAGAGCUAUUUCCUCAAAUGCACAGCUUUGCAGCCCAUGGCAUUGCAUGAGCAUUCGCUAUGCAGGGCUCUGUCUUUUGUGAAGUAAUAAAUCACUGAGAAAGCCUCCCCAUAAAGUAGCCCUAAUGCCUUUCUUAGGCUAGUUGCUGUCAGAUGCAGAGGUUGGCUCCAUAGGGUGCAGGUUGGAACAUUCCUCCAGCAUAUAUCUCCCACCACCCCACAGGAGAGCAAAUUCCACAAAAACUUGAGCAGAGGCAAAAAUGUGCACAGGAGAAUAUUCCAGCAGAGUCCCAGAGCAAGGAGAGGCUGCACUGGUAAGCACACCUCUGUGCUGGGGUGCUAUUCCCACUCCACAUGUGGCUGUGGUGCUCCUCAAGUCCCCGUGUCCCUAGGGUUACAGUGUGGUUGCUGGGGAUGCUCAGACUGUGCCAGGCUUCUUGCCUUCCUGCCCUGCCACUGUGGUUAUGGGCGGUUUGCAUCUGCGUUGGGAAGGCUUAGAGCAUCCUGCAUUGCAGGGAUCCAAUGUUGCUGUGAACAAGCACAACAGCCACCAAACAAUGGUCCCUGCAAGCAUCUUUUUCUUACCCAUUUCUCCUGCCUGAGCAGCAGCUUCCCCCCAGUACACAGUGGUCUCAGUGCAGCCAGCGGCUGCAGCAACCCCAGGGUCACUUCCACCCAGCACUGGGGUGAGGAGUCACUUUGGCAGCCAGUGAUCACUCUGUCAGCCUUUGGGAACAAUGCUCAGGAUGCUGUAGGAAAACACACCUGCUGCUGCAGAAUGGUCCGUGCAGGACAGCUGCCAGAGGGACACAUGCACCCCAGUGACAGGUGAGCAGCAUCCCACCCCAGGAAGGCACACUUCUGCCAUCAGCUUGCACAACACCAGGGUCUCCCCUGGUCCCCUCAUUGCUCUGCUGGGGCAGAACCCCUCUGUGCCUGCGGGGUUUCCUGACCAUCGCUCCCCAUCCAGACCCAAUGGGGGAUGUGAGCAGGGGGGCACAUCGCAGGAAAUCUUUCCUUGUAGCUAUCUCAUAACAAACAACAACAACAACAAACACCACUGAAACGAGCAGCUUUCCUGCCUGCCAGAGCACCAGCAGAGCUGUGCUGGCUUCUCCCUCCAGCAGCGCGUGGGGCUCAGCAGCGGCUGCGUGUGCAAGAGGCGUGCACCGAGAGCCGGCUAUAAACCGCCCGGCAGAGCUCUCCCCAAACCUCAGCACGUUCCCGGGGGGACGAGUUAGGAUGCAGUUUCUGCGUCACGCUGCCGUGGGCUGCCCGCCUCGCCUGGGUUAAAUCUCUGGCACACGUGUCCAGUGCAGGUUGUUUGCAGAGGUUGGCCCCGCGCGGUGCCGGGCUCGGCUGCGCUCGGCUCCUUGCUUCAGCACCACGCUCCAGGAGAAGGGACGGGAGAUCCACGCUGCAAUGCCGCUGCUGCACUUGCACCUCUGCUUCACCAGCAUGCUCUGCUGGCUGGCCCACGAGUCCAGCUCCUUGGUGCUGCCCAACGCCACCGAGCUCCUGUCCCUUCCUAGCAGCACAAGGACGGGUCCAGCUCCAGGUGCAGGGAUGCCCCGGAGCCGCCGCCGCCGGUACCUGUCCCCCCGUGACAUGAAUGCCAUCCUGGACUACCAUAACCAGGUGCGGGCGCAGGUGUCCCCCCCCGCUGCCAACAUGGAGUACAUGGUGUGGGAUGAGCGGCUGGCCAGGGCGGCGGAGGCGUGGGCUGCACGGUGCGUGUGGGAGCAUGGCCCCCCCCAGCUGAUGAAAUACGUGGGGCAGAACCUCUCCAUCCACUCGGGCAGGUACCGCUCCGUGGUGGACAUGGUGAGGUCGUGGCACCACGAGCAGCAGCACUACUCCUUCCCGCAUCCCCGUGAGUGCAACCCCCGCUGUCCCUCCAAGUGCAGCGGCUCUGUCUGCAGCCACUACACUCAGAUGGUGUGGGCCUCCUCCAACAGGCUGGGCUGCGCCCUACAGGCCUGCAGCAACGUCCAUGUUUGGGGCAGCACGUGGCGCCGCGCCGUCCUGCUCGUCUGCAACUACGCCAUCAAGGGCAACUGGAUCGGGGAAGCACCGUACAAGAUAGGGAGGCCAUGCUCAGCCUGCCCACCCGCCUACGGAGGGGUCUGCUCCAACAACAUGUGUUUCACAGGACUCAAAUCCAAUCAAGUGAGCUGGUUUUAGGACGGCGGCAGUGCUCCACGUCCCCCUGCUGCACCCCAUGGGGACAGGGGCAACAGGAUUAUUUAUGGCACCACGAUGCUUUUGUCCCCCCCAGCCCAGCCCUCCCUGUGCUGCUUUAGGCUUUAGGCAGGACACAGAGCCUGCUUUGGCCCCAGUGCUGCCACUCUGGGGGUUCUUUUUGGACAGCCCCUGGGACCGCUGCCGUCUGCAGCUGCUUCAUACCUAGGGGGCACUGCGGGUGCUGGGGGCACACGGGGCUGGCGAGGCCCUGCUGUGCAGGGCUGGGUGGGAGCCAUGCAGUGACCAAACUGUCCCUUUGGGACAAGCGACCGGAACCCAGUGUGCCAUCCCUGCAUGUGCCCCCCCAGAUCUGCCCCCCCACCCAAAUAAAGCAGUCUGGAGACCCAAGUGCUCGUGUCUGUCCUUCCUUGUGACAUGGAGCUAUGUGCUGUGUUUUGGGGUAACCCCAAAUAUCAGAAAUGUCCAGGAGCCCUCAGCAGGGCUGCAAGCAUGUGAGAUGCUGAGCACUUUGCUCCAUCGUGUGGGAGAAGCCAGCAAUGCUGUGACACCGGGCACUGCAGGGACACUGGUGCUAAAAUGCCAGAGGGUUAUGGCUCAGGACUGUGCCCUAUCCACAGUGCUGGGACUGGCAAGAGAUGGGGCAGGAAGGGACCUCCAAGGUGCCACCACCUACCCGCAUCUGCCAGUGGCUUGGAUUUCUUCCAGACUUGCCUUUCCCACACUGCUGUGAAGGUCUUUAGUCUGGCAUAGAGAAAACAAUGGGGCUCAGACACAGCCCGGGCUGCUGGGGGGCAGAGCAAUGCCUCUAGACUGGCAGGGACAGGUCAAGGUGGGCAUGCUGGUGAGCUCAGACAGCCCUGCUCCUGCAGAGUGCAUCUCAGGAGGAAAGACACCAAGCAGCGUGCUCCCCCAUGGAAGCCCCUUAAACCUCUCUGCAGGGAUCUGCCCCAA